UUACUGGGGAAAUAACACGUGCCGAUCAGCAUAUGUAGCCUUACACUCAUGAGGAUACCUAUAACAACGGAACUGAAGGAAGCGCUGAAGUCAGAUCAGAAGGAACAUGUCGCUGAGCAUCAGUGCGUAGGCUUACAGGACCUGAUAAGAUUUUCCCAUGGGACAGAGUGGUAGAAAGUCUGAGGUAUGGAAAUGUUCAGAAAGAGGCCUCCCCCAGAGUUUUUCGGAUAAUAAUACAGCGUCUCCAAGCUGAGUGACCUUCUUGACUCUGCGGCAAAACUGACGGGAGGAAGAAAACAACCUCCGCGCUUAUCGUUGCCGCCUUGGUCCAACUGCGCCGCAGUUCUGAAGUCUGUCACGCGCACGUAUUUAGAACGUCAGCGCGUUCGGCCGGCGCGUGUCAAACUCCAUCCGAAACUGCGGAUUUACAGCUGCUUUAAGAAAAUGGCACUACUGUGACGGAACAUUCAGAGAACAUUCUCCAGUCAAAAUGACCAUUCCUAAAGAUAUUCCAGAGAAGUGGUUCCCCAUUUUUCCCCAUCUGAAAUGGAUCAAAUUGGGACUCCCAACCUCGGAAAAGAUAAGAUGCGGAACAGAACAGGAAAGGAGGGUCCGAGCCAAUGACAGGGAGUACAACGAGAAGUUCCUGUAUGCGAAUAACUGCAUCAUGACCUCAAAGUACAACAUCAUCACCUUCCUGCCGGUCAACCUGUUUGAGCAGUUCCAGGAAGUUGCCAAUACUUACUUCCUGUUUCUUCUCAUACUGCAGUUGAUUCCUCAGAUCUCUUCUUUGCCCUGGUUCACCACCAUAGUGCCGUUAGUACUAGUGCUGAGCAUCACAGCAGUCAAAGAUGCCACUGAUGACUAUUUUCGUCAUAAGAGUGAUAACCAGGUGAAUAACCGCCAGUCUCAGGUGCUCAUCAAUGGCGUUCUUCAGAAAGAGAAGUGGAUGGACGUGAGAGUGGGUGACAUUAUCAAACUGGAGAACAACCAGUUUGUGGCAGCUGACCUGCUCCUGUUGUCCAGCAGUGAACCUCAUGGUCUGUGUUAUAUUGAGACAGCUGAGCUGGAUGGGGAAACAAACAUGAAGGUGCGUCAGUCUCUGGCUGUUACCUCAGAGCUGGGAGAACCUGGAAACCUUGCACAGUUUGAUGGAGAGGUAGUGUGUGAGUUACCCAAUAACAAGCUGGACCGUUUCUGUGGGGCUCUGCACUGGAGGGAGUGUAAGUACACACUUACCAACAAUAACAUGCUGCUGAGGGGCUGCGUCCUGCGUAACACAGAGAGCUGCUACGGCCUCGUCAUAUUUGCAGGUCCAGAUACCAAGCUGAUGCAGAACAGUGGACGCACCAAGUUCAAGAGGACCAGUAUAGACCACCUGAUGAACACCCUGGUGCUGUGGAUCUUUGGUUUCUUGGUGUGUAUGGGGGUGAUCUUGGCCAUAGGUAAUGCUGUGUGGGAGCGAGAGGUGGGCUCUCUGUUCCAGAGUUACCUGCCUUGGGACCCUCCCGUUGACAACUUCUUGUUCUCAGCUUUCCUCUCCUUCUGGUCCUAUGUCAUCAUCCUCAACACUGUGGUGCCCAUCUCUCUAUACGUCAGUGUGGAGGUGAUCCGGUUAGGUCACAGUUACUUCAUAAACUGGGACCGACGGAUGUUCUGUAACCGUAGCAACACGGCGGCUGAGGCUCGGAGUACAACCCUGAAUGAAGAACUAGGCCAGGUGGAGUACAUCUUCAGUGAUAAGACCGGAACUCUCACCCAGAACAUCAUGACCUUCAACAAGUGCUCCAUCAAUGGCCAUGCCUAUGGUGAUGUGAUGGACACUCCAGGAGCCCAGCACAAGAGGGCGCAGCCCCUGGACUUCAGUGCAUGGAACCCGCUAGCAGACCGGGACUUCUGCUUCUAUGACGUGUCACUGUUGGAGGCGGUGAAAAUGAGAGAGCCAGCUGUGCACGAGUUCUUCCGCGUGCUCUCUCUCUGCCACACUGUCAUGAGCGAGGAGAAGAGUGAGGGGGAGCUGGUGUAUAAGGCUCAGUCUCCUGAUGAGGGUGCACUGGUGACAGCAGCACGAAACUUUGGUUUUGUGUUCCGCUCUCGCACGCCCAGCACCAUCACCACACAAGAGCUGGGCAAGGAGGUGACAUACACGCUCCUUGCCAUCCUGGACUUCAACAACAUACGCAAGAGAAUGUCUGUCAUAGUGAGAACUCCUGAGGGCCAUAUUUGUCUCUACUGUAAGGGGGCAGACACUGUACUGUUUGACAGGCUUCAUUCCUGCAACCACGACCUGAUGAACAUCACCUCAGACCACCUCAAUGAGUUUGCAGGUGAUGGGUUACGGACGCUGGCAUUGGCCUAUCGGGACCUGUCUGAGGAGCAGUGGGAGGAGUGGGCAGAGCGUUACCAUGGGGCUGACAAAGCUAUAGACUACAGGGAGGACCGACUGGCUGCCGCCUAUGAGGAGAUUGAACAAGACAUGAUGCUGUUGGGAGCCACAGCCAUAGAGGACAAGCUUCAAGAAGGCAUUGCUGAGACCAUCACUGUCCUCUCUCUAGCCAACAUCAAGAUCUGGGUCUUAACUGGAGACAAGCAGGAGACCGCGGUGAACAUUGGCUACUCAUCUAAAAUGUUGACAGAUGAUAUGACAGAGGUCUUCAUUAUGAAUGGAUACACCGUCCAAAGUGUCCGUGAGGAUCUUAGGAGAGCAAGGGAACGCAUGUUGGAAUCAUCCCGCAGCCGAGAUGGAGUGAAGGAGGCAGAGAUGCAAGAUUUUGGCGGAGCAUGUUCUCUAGGUAAUGGCUUUGGCAGCAGGGAUGCAGCUAAUUGGAUUCCAGGUCAGAAGAAAAGUGCCCAGCCACCGGCCCCUCCCACCUCACUGCUGGAGUCAGUCAGUGGAGAGUUUGCACUUGUCAUCAGUGGACACAGUCUGGCUCAUGCGCUGGAGGCCGACAUGGAGCAGGAGUUCCUGGAGACGGCAUGCGCGUGCCGGACGGUGAUCUGCUGCCGUGUCACUCCUCUCCAGAAAGCCAUGGUGGUGGAGCUCAUCAGGAGGCACAAGAACGCCGUCACCCUUGCCAUCGGAGAUGGUGCCAAUGACGUCAGCAUGAUCAAGACUGCUCACAUUGGCGUGGGCAUCAGUGGGCAGGAGGGCAUCCAGGCCGUGCUGGCAUCCGACUACUCCUUCUCCCAGUUCCGUUUCCUGCAGCGCCUCCUGUUGGUGCACGGCCGCUGGUCCUACCUGCGCAUGUGCCGAUUCCUCUGCUACUUCUUCUACAAGAACUUCGCCUUCACCAUGGUGCACUUCUGGUUUGGCUUCUUUUGUGGCUUCUCUGCCCAGACGGUGUAUGAUCAAUACUUUAUCACUCUGUAUAACAUUGUAUACACUUCACUGCCUGUUUUGGCCAUGGGCAUCUUCGACCAGGAUGUUUCAGACCAAAGGAGCCUGCAGUACCCGAAGCUGUAUGAGCCAGGCCAGCUCAACCUUCUCUUCAACAAGCGGGAGUUCUUCAUCUGCAUCGCGCAGGGCAUCUACACAUCUGUUGUGCUCUUUUUUGUGCCCUAUGGUGCCCUCUGGCAGGCCACGCAGAGCAACGGUGUGCCACUCGCUGAUUACCAGACCUUCGCCGUCACCACCGCCACAGCCCUCGUCAUCGUUGUCAGCGUGCAGAUAUCUCUGGACACUGGUUACUGGACUGCUAUUAACCAUUUCUUUGUGUGGGGCUCUCUGGGCACUUACUUCACUAUCCUCUUCACCAUGCACUCCAGCAUCCUGUUCAACAUCUUCCCCAAGCAGUUCCACUUCCUGGGAAGCGCUCAGAGUACACUAUCCCAGCCUUUGGUAUGGUUGACUAUUGCUUUAGCUACAGUCAUAUGCAUAGCGCCCGUGCUUGCCUUUCGUUUCCUCAAACUGGACCUCAAACCACAGCUUUCUGAUACUGUGCGCUACACUCAGCUGGUGCAGAAGAAGCAGUGGAAGGCUGGUGGGCAUGCUAGGCGUAGCAUGGGCGGUGCCAGCGGGCCAGGAGGUAGCGGCCUAGGCCAUUUGGGGCGGGGUGGCUCCCGUCGCUCAGGUUACGCGUUCGCCCACCAGGAGGGCUUUGGCGAGCUGAUCACGUCAGGGAAGAACAUGCGGCUCAGCUCGCUCGCCCUUGCCACCUUCGCUGCGCGACACAGCUCUAGCUGGAUCGAUACACUCCGCAAGAAAAAACAUUCCCCACCUGCUGGGGACAGUAGUCCUGCCCCCUCAGUGGCUGCACCCGUCUCUAAUUCCUCCUCUCUUAUUGGCCCGCUGGAAACAGCCGCAGAACAAAGGGGGCAAACAAAUGCGGACCCUCAGGUGGGUGUGGCUGAUGUAGCACAGGUGGAGACCGGACAGUGCAGUCUAGUAGUGCAGGAAGCACUGUGUGGCUGGAGGGCAACAGCAGGAGCACGGCUCAGUAGCACGGGAGCCAGCAGCCUGGGCCCGCCUCCCAUUGCAGAGGAGACCAAUGGCGAGUGAGAGAUACGGCCACACGAGCAAGUCAUCCUUUUGGAAUUCUUGUUUGGUUCAGUGGCAGAAGUAGCUCUGGACGUGUGUCUGAGGCCGGUAACGGAGAGGAACCUUUGGCGUUGGAGUAGAAACUGCCAUAAAGACAACAACAAAGUGCAUACACUCACAAAUGCAGACACAGUGGAAGCACAGUGUGCACUAAGACUUCACAAUCACAAAUGCACAUACACACACACACACACACACUUUGCUGGCUCUGUUGGGCUGUGUACCAAGUUGACUGCAAGGCAAUUUUUUAUCUAAUGCAAACACAGAAUGUUUUCAGUUAGUAAUUUCAUGUUAUUGUCACGGUCAAUGAUCCCAGAUUCAUAGCUUUGCUAUUAGAGUAAAUCAUAAGUUCUCUCAGUCCUUUAAGUCUGAUUUUACUUUACAAAGAUUUUGUUUCUUUUUUAAAACAAAAAAAAAACAAGAAAGGGGGAAAGGCGUUUUCUGUGUGUCAUAUGACACAGGGCUUUCCCUUGAUGCAGAGACAGAAAUACACCAUAUAACUUCAUUUUAAUACACCAUACAACUUCGUCUUUAGUGUCAUGGUUGAGUUGUCAUACCCAAAUCUUUAGAAACAUAGUAAAUAAAUGUUGUAAUGUGAACAGUUACCUGACACGGAUUUUCAGAAUAAUGCAAUGUAUCCCUGUCUUUAGCUCUGCUGAAUUAGAUUAUAACCUUUUUAUUUAAUUUUUUUAUGUAGUUUUUGUUUUAUUUUUCUUCUUCUUCUUUUAGAAUUGAUGUACUCUUCUUCUUUUUUGGUCCGUUGGAUUGUUGUUUGCUUGGUUGCUUGGUUGGUUGGUUGUUUCUUUCUUUCUUUCUUUGGCCAGGUAUUCCCCAUUGCCUUUAUGGAUCAUAUCACCAUACAUUUUGUCAAGGUAUUUUGGUGCCUGUUGGCAUAAAUUGGGACAUUGUAUUUUACACAUCACAGUGCAUUGGUAUUAAGUAUUGACCCAUAAAUCUCAUUGUUGGAGGACAUGAUUCUAUACAUGAUAGACAACCCUGUUAUCCAAUACCAUUCUUAGCAACACCAGUAAUGUCUACAGACUGAUAGGUGUAAUUUUUCUUUUUAUGUGCAAACUAGUUCUCAAUGAGAACGUGAUAUUAACUCUGCCAAACAAUUAAACUCACGCUUGCCUUCCUUUUUCACAUUUUACACCAUAUUGGUGUUCCAAGCAGCAGAUUUCCAGGACUCUGAGCUGAAGAAUUGGAAUUGUACAAGAUCAAGUGUUCUGGGUUUGUGCUUGUCAUUUUUUUUUUGUGAAACAAGGGCUGCUCAGAUCUGCAAAGUAACCUGUAAAUGAUGAUCCUGUUGCGGUGGAGUCGGGAUUGUUAAAAAAUUAAAUCUGAAUU